CCGCUCUCCCGCUCGCGCUCCCGCACAUCUGGCCCUUCCGCGCACAUCUGGGCAGCUGGCGGCGCCACAGCAUGAACAGCUCCCAAGCGGGCGCUUCGCCCCCUGCCACCUGGCUGAGCUCUUGCUGCAACCAGUCCGGGGAGCCGCUGGAGCCCCCCGAGGGGCCGCGCGUCGUGCAGGCGGCGGUGCUGGGAGUCCUGUCGCUGCUCGUGCUCUGCGGGGUCCUGUUCCUGGGCGGUGGCCUCCUCCUCCGCGCCCAGGGCCUGAUGGCGAUGCUGGUCCGCGAGCGGCGCGCGUCCCGCGAGGCCGAGCCCAGCAGUGCCAGCGGAGGCGAGGACGACUCCUAGGCGCCCGUGCGCUCCAGGGUCGCGGGCCUCCAGGCGGCCCAGGA